AUGGCGCUCUUCCGAGGCUGUAGCCACGUAAUCGACGAGAGCUUGGACGAAUUCCUCGUCAAGCACGACCCCGACUACGCCGCGGGGCGAACCGCUGGCGACGCUGCGGAGAGCCGCUCGUACCAGUGGGCAGACGGAGACCGGCAAAAGGCCGGCGGCGAGUUCUUCGGCGCCAGCGUCGAGUCCGCUCUGCAGGAGUCUGGCGACUCCGACGACAGAAUUCACUCGCCGAAACACAGCUAUUCGCUCCCCGUGAGCGUCGGCGUGAAACAACUGCCGACUGCGGACGACGGAGCCGUGAAAAUCGACACGCAGAAACUCGGCCGCGCCCUCAGCGUCGCCGUAACCGGCCUUGGCGAGCAAGUCAAACAGGGCGGCGAGCUGCUGUGGCGAUCGGCUGUGACCGCAGCGGGUCAGGUCAUAGUGCAUCAUGGCAUGAACGCCCGCGGCAGCGCGGCGGGCUCCCUGCGGUCGUUUUCCGCGUCCUCUCCGUCCGCAGCGGCUUUGCUGUCGUCGUCGCUCUCUUCCUCAACCCUCGCCUCAGCCGUCUCUUCCGCCUCGUGCUUCAACGUCCCUCUCGCCGCCGCGGGCGCCAAGGGCCUCGCCCUGAUGGGGCUGGACGCGGCCGGCGGACAGACGUCGCUCGGCGCCUGGAUGGCGGCGCCUUCUUUCGAAGCCGACGUUUGGGGCGACGAGCGCUUCGCCCUGACCCUGCGCGAAGAGAGACAAAAGGGAGACUUCACGGGGCUCCUCGUUGCGGAGGCGAAACUCAAAGCUGAGACUGGGAGCCUGUCUGCGGGGGCCGCGUACCGGUGGCAGCGCCGCUUCCCCAACGGCGUGUUGAUGGACGUUGCAGACGUCAGUGGAAACACCUACCACAUUUCAGCUGACGACAUCGGCUGCAAGAUUCAGGUCACGUGCAGCGUCUCCCGCCUCGGUGAGAUGUACGCCUCCUUGGGGCCGUUCCAAGUUGACUCACGCACACGCUCCUGCGUCCUGAAUUCGCUCGCCAAAGGCGGAUCUCGCUUUCCCUGCUGCGCCGCCUUGGAAGACGCGUGCGACGCCUCGGUUUCGAACCCGGGGUCACCCGCCGCACGGCUUGCUGCGGGCUUCGGGGAAUCCCCUCGGGGGCACGCACUCUACCUGCAAGGCCGCAGAGGCGACGCGAGUGGCGCAGAGGAAGGAAAAGAAUUUUUUGUCUACGUCGGGCCUGAGGAGGUCGUCGUGACGCAACGCGGCGGCGUCGGAGCCCUGAACGACAGCGACGACUUCGACGCGGGCGGCAUGGGCCUGCUGGACAGGCGCUGGAGCGCGCGCUUCUCCUCGGAGUAUCCGCGGCUGCUGCUUCAUCCUGCAGACUCGAAGCGCUUCACUCUUGCCUUGAGUGAAGAGAAGGCCUUCGUGCUCAACGCUUACACGCGCCACCAACGCGACUUGAUUGCGAUGACGCUGCGCUCCUUCCAUGCCCGAGCGGCGAUUGGAGCCUCCAAGCUUCUUGACCUGGUUCACACCGUGGCUGGCGGAGGAAAGACCGUUGCGGCUGAUGAAAUUGUCUCUGAGCUGGAGGACAAGCGCAUCGACUUGUACGUGAUGGUGCACUCGCUCUCGUCGGAGCUGCGAAACGCGGUGGCAGGGCGUCUGCGUGCUGUGCGUGACUGUGACCGCGUCUCGAAGGAGAAGGAAGCUCUGGAGGAAGAAAUGACCUCGACGAUACAGGCUUUCCAAGAGCAGCUGGCGGAUCUCGCGAGCGAGCAGACGCCGCCGUCGAGGGCGUGCCCCGCGCCCGGGGCUGCGAGUGUGUCCACGAAGAACGCAACUUUGAUUCAAAUCAACGACGACUUGCAAGUCGCGCGGGCGCAGAUUCGAGCCUACACCCAAGAAAUUGAGAAGCUGCAACUCGAGAAAAACGAAAUGGCCAUGCGCUUCGAAGCUGAGCGCCACACCUUCCAGGAGAUUCUCAGGAAGCGACUCGAGACGCUGAUGGAGGAAAACCGCCAGCUGCAGGCUGCGAAUGAGCAGCUUGGCGCCAGACUCGUUCGACAGUCUUCCUCGCAGCUGGAGAGCAGCGCGGGUGCGGCAUCGGGCGCGGAGAGCCGCGAGGCGCCUGAACGCUUGCAGGCGGAGUUGAGGCGCCUGCGCAAGGAAGUCGAAGCCGCACACCUCGAUAAACACCAGUUGGGUCACGAGCUGGAGGAGCUGAAGUCCACGCUCUCGCGCGAGCGACAGGAGAAGGAGGCGGCGAUGGCUAGCGUGCAGGACGCGCUUGUGCAUCUCAAGGCGCGCUACGACUGCCUCCUUGAGGAAAUGCAAGCGUUGCGAGUUUCGCGAGACACCGCGGAGGAAGGCGUCUCGCAGCGCCUGAAGGUCUAUGAGGACAUGCUGCUCACGCGCGAGAAGCAAUGCGAGGAACACACGAAGCAACUCGAGUCCAGUCAGCACGACGUCGCGGAGCUCCAGGCUGAGAGGAACCGCCUCAAGAAAGUCCUCGCGUCCAUCACGAAAGAUCUCGAGAAGUCGCGCGCGGCGCUCGACGCCUCGACUAGUCGGGAACAGAGCCUGACGGCGGAGAAACGGCAAGUCGAGCUCCGCUUGAGCGAGGUGGUGCAGCGGCAGCAGCGCCAGGAGGAACUUAACUCGCGCGAAGCGCAGCUGAAGCAGCAAGAGAGUCUGAUGCGCGCGCAGGACGCGCAGAAACGGGCAGACGAGCUGACAAAGCAGCUCGCUGAGACGAGGCAGGCGCUUCUCCAGGAGCAACAGACGCGUCAUGGGCAGCAACUCCGCGCCGAACAGGUCGCGCAGCAACUCGCCGCAGUCCAGGCCCGCAUGCACGAGCAAGAGGCGCACGCUAAUCACCUCAAGGCCGAAGUCGAGAGACUCCAAACAUCCAACGACGCAAGGAACGCGGCGGCGGCUGAGGGCGCGAGUGCAUCUGACGAGAGCGGUUUGCGAGCCAAGGUCACGGAGCUGACUGACGUUGUUGCGCGGCAAGAAGAAGAAAUGAAACGCCUCAAGGAUGAGAGCUCGACGCUGAAGACGCGUCUGAUCAAGCUGACGAAAUCGACUGCCUAA